AUGGAAGGAGUUAGGGCAAGAACGAGGGAGGAUGGAACUCCGAAGGUUACUUUUCCUAGAAACUUCGACGAAAUUGUUGGGCUCAUGGGUCGGAACGAUCUAGAGGAUCGAUCCCCGGACCAGGCAUCGGCAGCUUCAAACAGAAGCGGCUAUGCGGGGAAAGGGGCGGGAGGCAACAGCAGGGAAGGUGGAGGCGGCAAGGCAAGCGGGCGAGAAACAGGAGACCGCGCGCCCCCAUGGACGCAGUACCUCUUGGAGGAAGGGCUCGAUCGCACAAAGGAGUUCUCGAGAUACAGGGGCAUGUUUGCAGAGGAACAGACGGGAGGAGACCGCCUCAUGCGAGGGCUGGCCAAGAUUAGAGAGCUCGACGUUCGAUUAUUAAGGGUCACCGGUAGGGCGCGGGAGCUGAAGCUCAUGGCGCGAGAAGCUGCAGAGCAAGCAGAACGGGCGGCGGCCGUGGGGAUAGCCACCUCAAAGGGCGAGCGGGCACUAUGCCUCAAAGGCCGGGGCCCGGUAGCUGUGGAGGAUGUCCCCACCAACCAUCCCCCUUUACGGCUACCGUUGCCGUUGUCCUCGGAGUUGGCACCGUUUGGCCCUGUCAGUUCCCGAGUGAGCAUUGGCAGCGCCAGAAAAUCAGAGGCCAUAGCGCUAGGCACGGAGCGAUCAGAAACGAGCGUGGCUAGCGGAAGCCAGCACGACGGCGACGGCGGAGCCAGCAACAGCCGGGACAGACAAGCGAGGCGGGGGAGGGCCUUCGUUACCCAAAACUUCCGAGGGACCGCACGAACAGGGGGUUAUUCUAACGCUGGGUCUACAGCCAUCUCCGUGAACGGCAGUGACGACAACACUUGCAGCUCGAGGGCCCAGGGUUUCAGUAGAGGGAAGAGCGGCGUUGGCAGUCACGGAGGCGACAGCGGUAGUCAGAACGAGGGGCGGGGCUCGAGCGGCAGCGACGGCGGCGGCGCAGGCGGGAGCGGCGGGAGCAGCGGCGUUUCGUUUGUGCUGAGGAAUAAGCGAUACGCUGCUAGGGCAAGCCGAGGGCGACUCACGGACGAGCAGGAAAGUCUGGUGUCCCGAUUUGUGCAAGACGCCGACGGUUUCAACGAUGACGGCGAGCCGACUGGUGAGGAGCCAUCAGGGGUGUGGGCUGAAAUUACGCCUUACGGUGGGACCGGGACGAGCGAAGACAACGCCAGGCUUGCCGAAAUCAACGCCAAGCUUUUGGCGAUGCGCGGAGCCGAAACGCUCGACCGUGACGACGACACCCAAGAAGAAAAAGGCGCACCCAUCAACGCGAGUGAGCAACAACAGCGGUCCCCGAAGACAGCGACGGACAUCGAACCCGCGCGCGUGCAGAAUGACUGCGGUAGGGAAGCGCCGCCACCACCACCACCGCCGCCGCCGCCGCCGUCGCCGCCGCACUCGAGGUCAAGCGGAACAAAAGGAGCGGCGGCGGCGACGGCGGCGGUGCCAGGGUAUGCCACCACCCCAGGAGACGCAGCCUUGCGAGAGCAGCGGGCGAAGCGGGAGGCUCGGUGCAGGGAGAGGGCCAUCGACACGGCGUUGGAACAGUUACGAGAUUCCCUGUUCAAGGAGUCGGUAGCCGGUGGUCGGAGUUUGAGAGAAAAGGCCGUCGACGCGGCCCUGGAGCUAGCCCGAUCGGCACCGCUCGACAUGCAGGGGAGGGUAAGACGGGGCGCGGGGCGUAUCGACUCGCUGCUUGGGGGAGAGGGUCCGCAACCGGUCGGAGAAUGGGAGGUGAAGCACGCCCUGAGGCAGGGCGAGGAAGAGCUCCGCGGGAAGGAUCUAGCGAGCCGAGAGAGGAUCGAAGAGAUCCUCGCCACCGUUCGCCAAGAAACGGCUGCUACUGCUGCCUCUCGAAGCGCCACCAAUCCGCCGCCACCGCAGCAUGGGAGCGAUGCGAUCGACCCCGAUCGCUUUCCGCACGGCACCAGCCUGGACGAUUUCUUCUCUCUCAAGGACGGGCCGGCAGAGAUCGAGCCACAGCUUGCCGCCGCCGCUACGGGUAGGCCGCGAUUGAUGUUACCGUUGAGCGGCAGCCAGAGGUUUCCCCAUGCGGAGGCAAAGCACGACGAAGGUAAAGGGGGAGCAGGAACCAGCGGCGAGACACCGCCGGAACAAGCUGGCCGAGAAAUCACCAGAGGCCCGAGCACCGGAAGGUCGGCAGCAGUGUCGGAUGAGGUUUCAACAACGUCGGGUGAAGGCCCGCCAGGCGCUGCGCGUCAUGCCCGGCCGAGGUUGCCUCGAAAGAAAAAGAACUACACCGCUGUUCCUCCUGAAGUGGCCGCCCUAUUUCGUGCACCACUGCUGGUCCCGCGGCACCUCGAACCGCCGAUUGCUGGAAUAGCGGCGGCGGCGGUGGCGGCGGGCGGCUCAAGACGAGUGAAACCGGGAGCAAGGGCGCGCAUCGUCGGAUAG